UGCGCGUUCUAUACACUGUCAAUGGAUCCACGCAAUAUAUUUUGGCCAAAACCCGGGCUCAAGUCACACUCCGACCCAACGCAAUGUUCGCGGCGGUGUCUUUGCGCACCUGCUUGGACGCGAUAUGUCGAUCCUCUCCGGAGCUCGUGCAGGAUAGAGAUUACUCAGUGUAUCACAUCGACCCAACCGAAGCACAUCCGCCUCAAGCUAGUGCAAGUACACCAGCUGCCGGAGUAGCCGUCGGGAUGGGCCUCAUGAGUCACUUGAUGGCACGGAACGACCUGGAGAGCGUUGACGGCGUUCUUAUCGAAAGCGCAACGGGGGAAAAGCCAGUUGAAAUCGUCUUUGCCCUUCGAGAGGCUCCCGGUGUCCGACGCAUCAGUCCCAUGCCACCUUGGAGCAUCCCUGUUCCGGAGUCAACAUCAAGUGCCGGAGUGCAAAGCAACUCAAGGUCACAAACGCCACUUGACACUAAACCCGCUCUUGAACGAACCCAGUCUCACCCUGUUGCCCAAACCUCUACCUUGCAACCAUCACUAUCGGCAUCGGAGGCGACACACACGAAUCACCAGGCCCCUGCAUUCCCCGCAGGAACCCAUGCAAAUCCAAAUCAAUUGGUCGUGAUCGGAAGCCAACACCAGCCCACCCUAGAAGGGCAACGCGAAGUACGAUAUGCCAAGGCCGCUGACUUCGAGCCCCAUAUUGUUGCCACCUAUGUUAACCCCCCUGCGGAUGGGCAAUAUCGGAAACGGCUGGCAAAACC